UCACAGAUUGACUUAUGGGGACUUUCAGCCAUGGAUGCAGCAGACCAGUUGAAUAUGACUCCAGUGGAAGAUGCUGAACAUGAAUUUACAUCUCUCAACUGCUGCUCAGCUACAGGCAUAUUCAAUGAGAACUUUUUGGACCUGGAUGACAGCACAAAGCUGGUUGGAGUUCAGGUUGUUCUCAUCCUUGCUUACUGCACAAUUAUCUUGUUUGGAGUCACUGGAAACUCUUUGGUGAUAUACGUUGUGUACAAGUUUAGAAAUUUACGGACUGUGACCAACUUCUUCAUUGUAAACUUAGCCGUUGCUGACUUGCUGGUGAACAUGCUGUGUUUGCCGUUCACCCUCAUCAACACUCUUUAUGGUGAGUGGAUGUUUGGUCAGGUGUCCUGCUUCAUGCUGCCUUACGCUCAAGGCUUGGCGGUGCACGUGUCCACCAUCACGCUCAACAUCAUCGCUCUGGACCGCCACAGGAGCAUCGUCUACCACAUGGAGACCAAGAUGUCCAAAGACAUGUGUGCCGUGGUCAUUGUCGUCACGUGGGCCGUCAGCGCCUUGUUGGCAAGUCCGCUCGCCAUUUUUAAGGAGUACGGGACAUUCGAUCUUUCACCGGACGAGUCUAUUCAGGUGUGUAUAGAGAAGUGGCCAGAAAGCAGCAUGAACGGAAGCAUCUACAGUAUAUCAAUGCUGCUGGUUCAAUACGGUUUACCUUUGGCCAUCAACUCUGUUGCUUACAUCCGCAUCUGGAAUAAACUGAAAAAUCACAUGACUUACGGUCGAAAUGACCGUCACCAGCGCAGGAAGAAGACCACGAAGAUGCUGCUGACCAUGGUGGUGGUCUUUGCUGUAUUCUGGUUGCCGUUCCAUGCAUUUCAGUUGGCUGCAGACAUCGACAGCUCUGUGUUGUCUAUGAAGGACUUCAAGCUGCUUUACACCGUGUUCCACAUUGUGGCGAUGUGCUCAACGUUCGUCAACCCCAUACUUUACGGGUGGAUGAACAACAACUACAGAUCGGCUUUUAUGUCUGUUUUUGAGUAUUACAGGCCCUCCAAUGUCACGUCAAGAUGCUCCAAAAGCAGAGAGACCCAAAAUGAGGAAGACAGGGUUUGUACUGAUUGCAAAUCAUCAAACGUCUAA